AUGCCACAAUCUCGAAUCCCCCUUCCGCAUCCCGUGCAGCCGCUGCAUGUCUAUCGCCAUCUCCUUCGAGCGGCAACCUACUACCCAGCCACCAUACGUCCCUUUCUUUUCGAAACCAUACAAACUCGCUUUCGAGAGGAGCGGCAAAGAGCCGCCGAACGUGAAUCGCAAAUUCUCAGAUCCCCCAAUCCCGAACAAGCCCGCAAAGACGAAGAGUACCGCCGGAAAAAGCACCUCCUAGAUGGAAAGCAACGGAUACCCUUUCUGCAGGCCGCCGCCAACGGUGACCAAAAACGCUUGCGCAAGGUCAUGUGGCACACUUUUGGCCGCCUGGGCAAACGCCGUCGCGAGCUCGUGUCCUUGUUGGUCGCAAAAGAACCAGAACCGCCCCUUGGCCCCGAACAGCUCCAGCGACGCAUGGAGCAAGCGGAAAAGGACAGAAAGAAGAAAGAGAAACUCCUCAAGACGCAUCCCUGGAAACGAAACUGGGACAGAGAAGACCCCACCCCCUGGGUGUACCAGCACCUCAGCCCCAUCGAGGACAACUGGGACAUCCCCAAGCUGCGCGCCUACAUCAAGGCCCAACAAUCCCAUCAGCGCGAUGCCACGGGCUCCGCCUUCCCGAGAAGUCCCUUCAGAAACCUCGAUCCGAUGAAGAAGGUGCCUAGGGAGGACAUCUGGGGCCGCCCAACCGCCCCGAGAAGGGUGACCAAGGCUGUGCGAAAGUGGUGGAAGUGGACCGCGGACAAGAUCAUGCCUCCCGUCGCCGAGGACGCAUGGGAUUUCCUCAAGCUGCUCGCGUCCGGGGAUGCGCCCAAGGAGUUGUAUAGGUUCCCGCCGCAAAGGCGCAUUGCCGUGUCCAUCGGCACGAAGCCUGGCGAGACGCCAUCAUGGGACUGGACAAUACACACUCGCUUGCCCGCACGCGAUGUCGAGCGCUUUCGGGGCAGACAGCUCUCUCGCUUGACCGGGCAGUUUGACGAAGGGCCUUACUCCAAGACUGCCAAGUGGUUGCCCUCCGUGAAGCGCCGGUCCAAAACGGGCGCCAAGAUCCCAACGUCUCGAAAGCAGCCCUUCCGUACGCGAGAGGUCCGACGCGAGUAUGAAAGGAUGUGGCAAGCGACUUCUUACAUGGAGCCCGCGCCCGAGAAGGCAGGCUUUAAGCCGUCGUUCGCAAGACCUGUUUGGGGCGUCAAGAAGGCAAAGGUCCCCGUGGCCACGGCAGCGCACCACCGUCUCUUCGAGGACGUCGACGCGAAAGGGAAGAGACCAAAAUCGGCUACUCCUUACGCUCGGAUGCCUAAGGGACCCGCUGGCGGCGACGAGACAGCGAAGGCCAAGGGCCCUAAAAUGGACGGCCAAACGCUAAAGGGAUAG